AUGCGCGGGAAAUAUGCUCGUUACUGGAUCGUCCGCAGCAACGAGGCCGAGGCGUGGCCAGACUCAGCAAACAACUCAGAGAAGGAUGCCAUGGAGCUGAUGGUGGCCCAGUGUACGGCUGAGCUGGAUGCCGAGGAUGCCGAGCGACUGCGAAGAGGGGAUCUGAAAGAAGAUAUGGACCGGGACUCGUCGUGGGUGAAGAGGGUGCGCUGGGUCAAUCACUUUGGGUCUCGAGAUCUACUUGAUAUAUUCAAAGCAGCCGAGUGGAUACGGGCGAAGAGCACCACAGCGGGACGAGGCCGGGAGCAAGACGAAGAUGGCGCGCAAGAACGGCUGAUAUUGCUGCGUCUCGGGGAGAGCUUCGAUCGCGAGGUGGAACGGUGCAGCUGGCGAUUGGACAGCGUGCCGACUGAGACGCUCCAAUGGCUUGCCAGCAUCGUUAGCACCACUCCCAGCGGGAUGCCGUUCGGUCUGAAGGGCAAGGAGGCAUCAAUGGCCAAAUACCGGACCGUCGGACAUCGAUAUUUGGGCUUCUGCUGGCGAGCGCACCACAUCGGAAGGGAUGAGGCGUUGGAGCGAUGGGCCAUCCGCUUUACAGACGAACAGUGGAGCUUGCUAUGCGACGUAGCAGACGAGCUGGAGAGGAGCAGCAUCGCGAGCAGCCACAACCACAGCUGUAACGACCAGGACAGCGAGGAUGGGGCUGACGACGACGCAGGGGACGAGGGUAUGUAUUCCCGGAAGGACAACGACACGCUCGACCGGGCCGUCUUCUUGUUCAUGGUGGCUUCGAUCAAGACGCAGGUGGGCGGGCAUAUCUAUUCAAACUCGCUGCUCUGCUUCUGUGCGGCGUUAGGGAUCCGGUCCCGUCCGCUCGGGUAUACCGAGCCGCACUUAUACACGGGAAUGCUGGCCGCUAUUUUGUGGUGGUCCCGGCUCUUCUUCUUGGAGGCCGCGUUCGAGGACCAGCCCCAGGAUCAGGAUGAGGUUGGGAUCAAAGCAGUGAUCGCGUUCCGGGAUCAACAUGCCGUUUGGAUGUGUGUAGGCGCGCAUACGGUCGUCAGCACCAUCAUCGGAUGGAUGGCGCUGGGGAAAGGGUGGCGAAUGCGGAUGGGUGGGCAGCCAUCGGUGCGUUGGGCCGAGGACGGCGAGUCGCUAUUCCACAACGGCGAGCGCAUCAUGGUUCAGGAGUUCACGCGGGCGCUCCGGAACCAGGUCGUUGAAGCACAGAAGCUGCUGGAUUCACUAUUCGCGGGGGAUUGGGAGAGGUAUAAGACGCUGGUCAAGCUAGGGCGGAUCGUCGACAGCAUGGUGCGGCUCGGGGCCGGACAGUCGUUCGCGACGAACGCGAAGAACAGCUGGCUGGAGCCCGGACCGGCAGUCGUGAUGAGGCAGUUAGGGACAUCAAUAUGGGACCCGAGGAAGCAACGGCUCAGGCGAGAGGGGGUCCGGCAGUGGCUCCGACGGCUGAGGAUGUUCCGGGAGGUGCUCAUGGUGCUCGUCCACGCAUGGGGCGGACUACCCGGACGAGGGCCCGAGGUGGCGACGUUGCGGCACUGCGACUCGUGGCAGCUCAUCCGCAACAUCUUCGUUCUCGACGGGCAGGUGAUGAUGGUGACGGACCGAGACAAGAUGAAGGCGAUCCGGGACAACUCGCGCAAGGUGGCCCGAUGGUGA